AUGCCCGUAUACAUUGGAUUUCUCCGAGUGACUCGAAUCGUCGUCCAGGAAGGACAACAAACAGACGUGCCGUGCAUCACUGAGCAUCCGGCGUUCAACAGAACUAAUAAUGUGCUUAAAGUUUGGUGGUUCCAUCAGAAACCAGGACGAUCCCUCAUCAGCAAUCCCUUCUACACGAUCGAUCUGAAUACAAGCAAUCAGGUCCUCCGUUGGUCCUCAGAGAAAUGGACGACCCGAGCCUACUUCAGCUUGCUUUCGUAUCCGUAUUCGCUGAAAUUGAUUCGCUUGGAGCACGCUGACGCUGGCAGCUAUGUCUGUCAAGUGCAUUUCAAGGAUGGCAGCGUGCGGAACGGUACCGUACAUUUACAAGUAGUCGUUCCGCCCUCGCCACCGAAGAUCUACAGUGAGACCAGUGAAGAAAUUCAAAAUGUUUUGGGUCCUCUGAACGAAACUUCGAAACUUGUGCUCGUCUGCAAGGUCAAAGGAGGUAAACCGGCCCCGAGCGUCACGUGGAAGCGUGCCGGAGGAGAAGUCGAGGGAAACGUGAGAACGACGAGGACCGGUGACAUUACGACCUCGGUGCUGACUUUGGAUCCACUCAGAAGAGAGCAUCACAACGCCGACUUCAUAUGCGAAUCUGCGAACGACGAGCUCGCCUACCACUCAGCACACGUCAGGCUCGAACUCAAUCUGUCCCCGCUCUUGGUUCAAAUCCGACGCAGUGACUCCGCUUUGAGCAGUGGUUAUCACGCAGAGAUCAUCUGCGAGGUUUGGGGCAGUGUGCCUCCCGCUAAGGUUUCGUGGUGGAAAAACGGUGUGAACCUCGAACAGGAUUUCGAACACACCAGUAUGGAUGGCAACUUGACAACUUCAGUGGUCCGCUUCCAACCCCGCGCUGAGGAUAACGGCCAGUCCUUGGUCUGUCGAGCAGAAAAUCCUCGGAUGUCGGUCCUGGGAGUGCGUGAAGACCAGUGGGAUCUCAACGUAUAUUAUCGUCCUCACGUGAGGAUUCAAUUGGAAUCCCCUGGCCAGAGUUCGAUCACUGAGGGGACCGACAUUUCUAUAGCGUGCUUAGUGGACUCGAAUCCUGCGCCUCACGGACCGUUGAUCUGGAAGCAUAACGAGCACAAGCUGUCUGUGGCGCCGGGAUCCGGAAUUUCGGCCAAGAGAAACCGCCUCCACAUCAGGAAUGUUCGCCACGCACACGCAGGAAACUAUACCUGCGAGGUGUCCAAUAACCAAGGCAAUGGGGUGUCGUCGGCGCUCUACCUGAGAAUAAAACAUGUACCGAUGUGUCGACCACACCAGCGGGUCGUCUACCACACUCGGAUCGGAGAAACGAUCUCUGUGAGCUGUUCUGUAUCAUCACAUCCGUCGUCAGUAUCGUUUCGAUGGAAACUCAACAGCACCUCGAACGAGGGCCGUGUCACCACGUUCACUUGGGAUGGCACCACGAGCGUGGCGCGGUUCACACCCCGUGAUUCCGGAGAUUUCGGAACGUUACUCUGCUGGGCGCGGAAUCAGCUCGGGGAUCAACGGGAACCCUGCGCGUUCAUCAUCCUAGACUCAGGGUCCCCGUGGUUGGCGGACGAGCUCACCAUCGCGUCGGCACUGUGCGCUGCCCUAGUUCUCAUGAUUAUCAUAUCGUUCAUCAUAAUUUUGAAAAAUCGUCGACGCGACGCAAAUUAUAUCCAAGAAGCCUGUGGGUCGGGACAUCCCGCGAGUGUUCCGAAGGUUGGCAGCGGAGGUUGCAACAACAACCAGUUCAACGACGCAGCUUUCCUCACGUGA